CAGCUAUUAGUGAUCAACUUCUAGACGUGGUUGACAGCGCGUAUAACAGAGGCCACCAAUUUCUUGCCUCUUUAGACCAGCUACGGCAUCCAGAAAGUCGGUUUGUCAUUCUAGGUUUCUUCUCAAGACAUCUUCAACGUCAACCGCAAGCCUAGAACAAGCAAACAGAUAUAUCUAGGAGGACGCUCCGUCUGUCAAUUCUCAUCUACGACCAUCAGCCCACAGCAGAACUGGCGUUCCGAUCUAUUACACGUAUCCAACUCGCCCGCAACCACCUUUCGCCAAAGCCCCUCGCCAAUCCCACAAGAACAAUGUCCGACCUAGCAGAACUUGGUUCCAAACUCUUCAGUCCCAACCCAGAGUCUCGACCCAAGAUCGUUGGGACUGAGAAGCGCGUCCGGGGGGUCCUCAAUGGCAAAUACAUCUUUGACACCACUGCCGCCAAGCUAGUGUGGGAGAAUGGAUACUAUCCCAUGUACUGGAUCCCGAAGUCCGACUUCCUCGACGCCGCAAAGUUUGCAGACGACAAGCCGAUCUCUGGCAUCAACUCUUCAACCUCGACCCUCAGCGUCGGCAACAAAUCGGUGCCUUCACUCAUCGUCCCGGACUCGUUCAACUCCGAACUGGUGGGCUACGUGAAAAUCGAUUUCAAGGCCCUCGACGCUUGGUACGAGGAGCAGGUCCAGGUCCUCUAUCACCCCAAAGACCCCUACCACAGAGUCGACCUCCUUCCUUCGGGACGACAAGUGCGCGUGGAGAUCGACGGCGUACGUCUCGCCGACACCGGCUCCGAGGGCGGCGUCAUGUCCCUCUGGGAGACCAAUUUCCCGGCUCGCUGGUAUCUGCCUCGGACGGCAAUCAACUGGGAAUAUCUCACCCCGAGCGACACGCACACGGGGUGCCCGUACAAAGGAGAGGCCAGCUACUACAAUGCCGUGAUCAACGGCAAGGAAGUCAAGGACGUGGCCUGGUGGUACAAGAACCCGACGCAAGAGAGUGCCGGCAUCCUCGGCAUGCUGUGUUUCUACCCGAACAAGGUCGACACCUGGGUCGACGGGAAGGAAAUCGCGAAAAUCGGGAUGCCCGUCAAGAAGUAGGAGAAAACCGAAGGAAGCGGGCGAAGACCUGCAAUUGAGGUGUGAAGUGAGAUGCGAAGGAAGCCAGCCCCAAAAUCCAAAGGGGUUUGCAACAGGAUAGCUAGCUAUAAUGAGAUCAAUACUCGAUA